AUGAAGCUGAACGUGGCGUUGUUUUUUGCGGGCCUCUUCGGGGCGUUGGCAGCCGUGUUCAUCCUCCUCUCUUUUGGAACUGAUUACUGGCUGCUUGCCUCAGAGAGCUGCCACCCAAAUCCUGAAGGCACCGUUGGGCCUGGUGGUGUGACCAUAGAGCGUGGAGAUAUGGUGGUGCAGGAGGAUCGUAAGGAUGUUACUCUGUACAAUGAGGGCUUCUUCUGGAAGUGUUCCUUUGGAGGCAACAUGGAUGAUGACGACCUGCUCUGGAAACUCUGGUUCACAAAUCAGCCACACUCCAAAGUGUGCACGCACGCCUACCUCUUCCCAUUCCCUGUGUCUCAUCAGACCCACAAUGCCACAGAGUACGAUUCUGCCAUAAUCUACAGAGGCUUCUGGAGCAUCUUCAUGCUCAUUGGCGUGGCAGCUGUGGUGCUCGCUGGGUUCUUCAUCAUCUGUGCUGCUCCAUUUGCCAGCUACCGCCUCUACAAAGCAGGAGGCAGCCUCUUCCUGACAUCAGGUAUUUUCCUGCUGUGUGUGGUUGUGAUGUACGUACUGUGGCUGCAGGUCCUGGAUGUAGUGGAGGUCUACAUUGACCACCAGCGCUCAACGCUGUGUCCAAACUUCCAGCUGUCCAUUAGCUAUGGUCUGUCCUUCAUGUUUGCCCCCAUCGGCAUCUUCUUCUGCCUCCUGUCUGGCCUUCUUUUCCUCCUCAUCGGCCAUUCAAUCAAACUUGAGUGUCACUGA